GCAACUAAUGCUGCAGUGGCGGUGAUGGUGGAGGAGGACUGGUUGUCCAGUCGAGACCGCGAUUGACUUGGCCGCCUUCACGUGGGCCGACGUCAUGGGGUCCUUCGCCCAUUCACGAGCUCGUUGCUUUUCUUCAUCUGCCACCCUUGGGGCCCGGUUUCAUCGCCAGGUUUCUGGUUGAUUUCCAUAGUACUGCCUCUCUUUCCAUCCCACCGGUUUCGAUUAUGAUCUAUUUGAUACCCCCGGGAAAUAUUGAGCUGUUUCGAAGCUCUCCUUGAUGCCCGACCUCCCUUGCUGACCAUACAAUUCAGCGUACGCUGGAAACACCGAAGCACCACAGCGUUUCUGCCUGCAUUAUUACCCCAUCGGAGCCCCCAGACCAUGCCUGACUCUCCUUGAUUACUCAUAUCCAACUGACCGUGUUUCUCUACUCUACUCUCACUUGUGGUAUUGCUGGUGCACCUAUCGCUGGCCGUCACAAUGACAAACGGGCCCAUCCACACCUACGGCUCAACAUGUUUUCUCACUGAGGAUGACCCUAACCCCUUCUCAUGGCUUUCACAAUAUGAACCGCCCGUCGUUCGUCCGCAAUUUUUUUACACGUCUGCGCUUCCGAUCGAUGACCCGUUGGCUGCCCUGCCACCUCCGACUGGCGGUCAAGGAGCUGGGAAUGACAGAGCUCCGCUUCAACCAUUCUCAGUUAGGGAUAACGCGGCCCUGGAGGAUGCCUGGAAGCUGUUACAACAAACUAUAAGGCAGAAGCAUGCUGGGAAAUCCAACUUUCAGUGUCGUCCCCCGUCAACCAGAAAUUCGGGGAUAGAUGUACCAGGACGGGAAUACCCCGUCGAGCCGGGACGAAAGAAGCACAAGGGGCUGCAUGGCGAUGCAACCUUUCUUGGCGUACAAGGUGGUCAAAUCAAUAUUCCUUCGCGCUCUUUGGAUGACCAGCUGCCACCAAACUUCAGAAACCGAUCUAGAAACGAAGCUGGAAAGUCAGACGUAAACAACAAAGUGUCCCGAGAAAGGUCGCGCACGCUUGGCAGUAGCUUAGAUGAUGGCUCUAUAUCCGGCGCAGCCCUACGUCGGAAACGUGAACCACCUUUCGGCAACAAGAUUGAUACAGUAGAGACCAGAGCCAGAGAAUUACUAAUGAAUGAUGAUACAGCACCUGGUGGCACAGAAAGUACUAGCCCGCGAAGCUGUCCCUCACGCGAUGCGAGCAUCAGCGGCUCCCCCUUUGCUAGGGCUCCCAUCUCCCAAGCUCACAGCCCUUUGGGCCGGUCGGUUGAAUCUCUUUCGUCAGAACCUCCAAUUGAGUCACCAGCGGCACCCAAACCGUCUGGCUUAAGAACGGCGGUCCGUCGGGGCUCCGUCAACGAGACUGAUGGUGAAGCUGGAGGAUCCACCCAGGAUGAGCCGCAGCGCAAAGUCCCCGUGGGCGCGUCCCGGCUUCACCUUGUUGAACUACCAAGUCUGAAGAUGAAACCGAUUUACUGGAGUCCUCUGCAUGACAUAUCGAACGUUAUCCGCGCAACGUGGUUCUACAAGAACACCAUGCUACCCGUGGAGACGGAGCUUGCCAAUAAGCUGGAAGAUGGCUACAAUUAUCUGAAGCCGUGGACCGAAACAUGGCAAGAUGAACUCAAUAGCUGCGUUGAAAACGGUGCCGAUGCCGAAAUGAAGAUCGUUCACAGACUCUGGCCGAAAGAGAACACGACCAGACCCCCCACAGCCGUGGUUGUGUCUGGCUCCGAUACUUCAAGCCCCACCGCACAUCUGUCAAAUGAAUGCAAGAGCAAAGGGACAGAGAGCAUGACACUGGAUGCCAAUCGAGCUGCUGGUGGUACCUCUGCGCACUCCGAGACCAUCAAGCCAUUCUUGAAUUCUAGUGUCAUCUAUGCCGAUGGGAGAAACGCACAAAUUCUCCGACCAAGCCUUCUUCCAUCUGUGUCGAGGGGACGCAAGCCACUCAGUGCAAUCCGUAAAGGGAGACAAAUCGGCAUUCCUGUGGUUCGUGGUUUUAGUAGGCGAUUGUGGGACCGAAUACAUCCCAGCAAACCCAGCCCAGUAGACGUGAGGAACUAUCUUCGCAGUACUCAGUCUCGAGCGAUGUCGACGACAUCCGGGGAGCCUAUUUGCUAUGCAUGCGCGAUAGAGGAGUUGCGACCCGCUCCAACAGACCUGGUGCUGGUCAUACAUGGGAUUGGCCAGAAACUAUCGGAGCGGAUGGAGAGUUUUCAUUUCACGCAUGCCAUCAACGCCUUUCGGAGGCAGAUUAAUGUCGAAUUAAACAGCGAGCCAGUCUGGCCACAUGUACGCCCAGGCCAUGGAGGCAUCAUGGCCCUGCCUGUCAAUUGGCGGUCUACCCUGUCUUUGGAUGAAGCCAAUCUUGAGUCUCCUGCGGCGGAAGAUCCUGCUGCGAAUCACUACUCGCUUAAUGAUAUCACGCCGCAGACGAUCCCGGCUGUCAGGUCCUUGAUUAGCGAUGUCAUGCUGGACAUCCCGUACUAUUUGUCCCAUCAUAAGCCUAAGAUGAUACGAGCAGUAGUCAAAGAAGCGAAUCGCAUCUUUCGGCUGUGGUGCGAACAUAACCCAGGAUUUCAGCAGGAGGGCCGAGUUCAUUUGCUCGCACAUUCCCUAGGGAGUGCCAUGGCCUUGGAUAUUCUCAGCCAUCAGCCGACGAGGAUUCCUUCCUUCGAUUUUUCCAAGACCAGCAUUCACGGGGACAUAUUCGAGUUCGACACGAGGAAUCUGUUCAUUUGCGGCAGUCCGGCCGGAUUCUUCCUCCUUCUCAACAAAGCGAACCUAUUGCCACGACGAGGCAGAGACAAACCUGGCUGCGAAGGUGAUGACCGACUCCGUGGCGUAGCAGGGGAGGCAGACACAUAUGGCUGCUUAGCCGUCGACAACCUGUACAACAUCAUGCACACCACCGAUCCAAUCGCCUAUCACGUCAACGCCAUCGUUGACAGCGAUCUCGCCAAUUCCCUUAGACCCGCCUCCAUCCCAACCUCCGCCGCAUCUUUCUGGCAAUCCGUUGGCAGCGUGUUCCGCUGGAGCACACCUCCAGCUCUGAUACCCUCCACUGCGACCGUCCCCACCCGUCCAUCAACCCUCAACAAGCUCCCCACCAACGUCGAACUAGAAACGCACGACUUUACACGGGAAGAGAUAGCCGAAAAACGCAUGUUUCUUCUCAACGACAACGGUCAGAUCGACUACUUUCUCUCUGGUGGCGGGGGGCCUCUGAACAUCCAGUAUCUGAACAUGCUCAGUGCGCAUAGCAGCUACUGGACCCUGACCGACUUUGUCCGCUUCCUCGUCAUUGAGAUAGCCCGUAAACAGGGUCGAGAUUACACCCUGCCGGUACUCCGGGCCGCGAAGAAGAAGGGCUGGAAAAUCCACAAAGGCUAAUCUACUUCAUGAUCCCCUCAACUUAUUAAGGGUUUUGGAAUUCUCAUACAAGUCAUCCAAUAUUUCUUCUCAUUUAAUUCUCGAUUUGUCUUCGAACAAUUCUCCCCUAUUUUCGUGAGAUUGGUUUGAUCGUUGCGAACUUGGUCCUUGCUUCUUGCUUGGUGGUAGCGUUACCCUUAUUUGGUGUCCUGAAGACACAGAAGCGUACGCAGACGCAUACACAGAACAUAUCUUCUUUGCCAUGUUUUAACAUUGGGUACUGCUAUGGAGCAUCUCGGGUGGGAUAGGAUAGGUUUUGAAUACGUGGCGCAAUAUAUUUGAAUACUACCUUUGGAAAGAAUCACUGCCUAAUCAAUCUAGCCGACUUC